AUGGACAUCAAAGAAUAUUUUGCCAGAAUUUCCUACCGGGGUGCCUAUGACAAGCCAGACCUGGAUACCUUAACGGCGAUAUUCCAGCACCACAUCCGUGCGGUGCCUUUUGAGAACCUCAGCAUCCACUGCGGGGAGCACGUGGAGCUGGACCUGGAGCCAGUGUACCACAAGAUCGUGCGGAAGAACCGCGGGGGCUGGUGCAUGGAAAACAACCACCUCUUGUCCUGGGCCCUGAAGACCCUCGGCUACGAUGUCACCCUGUUGGGAUCGAAAGUUUAUGUCCCUGAGAAUAACACGUACGCUGAUGAAAUCGACCACCUUCUCCUCAAAGUGGUCCUUCAAGGCAAGUCCUACAUCGUGGAUGGUGGUUUUGGGAUGUCCUACCAGCUCUGGCAGCCCAUGGAGCUCAUUGCGGGCAAGGACCAGCCUCAGAUGCCCGGCAUCUUUCGCUUCGUGGAGGAAGAUGGGAUCUGGUACCUGGAGAAGGUGAAAAGGAAGCAGUAUGUCCCCAACCAAAGCGUUGUGACUUCUCACAACGUGGAUGAAGAAAUUUGCCGGCGGGUUUAUCUCUUCACCCUGCAGCCACGAGACAUCGAGGAGUUCAGACCCCGCAACGAGCACCUGCAGACGGCGCCGGAUUCCCUCUUCGUCACCAAGUCCAUCUGCAGCCUGCAGACCACCGAUGGCAUCCGCGCGUUGGUCGGGUGUAAACUCACGGAGAUGACGUACAACUAUAAAGAUAACAUGGAUCUGGUGGAAAUCAGAAUCCUUACGGAUGAAGAAAUAGAGAAAACACUCAAAGAGAAAUUCAACAUAACGCUAGAUAAGAAACUUGUAGCCGUCAAUACUAGCAAGUUGUCUCUGUUUUAA